UACACGCUUUUGGAUUCAACCAAAAUUAAGAGCAUACUCCAAUCAGAUUCACGAAUUUUACACAGUUGCAAGGCAGCUAUCUCUGGUGAACGUAGUCACUUUUUGAUGAUGCAACUAUACGCCUGAGGAUUAUUUAUUUUCAAAUAGCAGUCUCCAUAGGAGUACGAUUUAACAGGAGUUAAAUUACAAGAUACUGCUUGUAACAGAGCUGAUAUGCGACAGAUUUAAGUAAAAAUGAAUGGUUGGGAAUUCAAUGUUUAUGGUGCGUGUUGAAUAUCGAAAGAAGUAAAAAGUCAUCGGAGAAAUCUCCUCUUACUAGUUUUCGAACAAGACGAGACGAUGAUUAUAUAAUCUCAUUGCGUGAGCUCGUAUUCCUAACCUAUUCCCUAACCUAUAUUUAUGCUACGUGCCGCUUCUAUGCGAUUCGCGCAUGACUUUCUGCGUGUCAGACACAUAGAAUCGAAGCAUACUCGGCGAAUAUAGUAAGCAGUUAGGUUUCUAACGUUGGAAAAAGCUCACGGUUCGUAAACUCUAGUCAUUAUGGGCGAGAAGAAGGAAGAGGAAAACCCUCGUCGCAAGUUGGAGUGGAUGGUGAGACCUUGCAUGAUAUACAAGGCAGAGUAUGAUGACUGUACCAGUAUAAAAGCUCGUUUUGACCAAUACUUUGUAUUUGGCGAGCCAAUCGAUUGCACUCAAUGGAAAACAGACUACCUAAACUGUUAUCAAUGGGAAAAAUACAAAUCGGAAGAAGCAUUUAAUGACUUGAUCGAGAGCGAGAAGCAGCGUCGAAUUAAACGAUUACAGCCGCAUUAUGAGAACGAUGUUUGGGAGAAAAGGGACAAACCGCCGGAGAACUGGAACGCGCCUCUACCCGAGUGGUUACAGAAGAAAUAUGAGAAUUCGUAUCUGCAAAUACGAAGCGAAGAAAUGAAAAAGGGCAUAGAAAAAUCCCCUCUCGACGUGAAAUGCACUAUACUGUAACGGCGCGUGCGUGCGUGCGUGCGUACGCGCGCGGCGAACUGCUAAUAUUUGAAAAUUGCUAAUAUUUGAGCAUAGCGUGUACACACAUA